AUGUACGAGGACUCUUGGUACAGUUUUGUGCCCGAUAUCUCGCACAAGAAGAGCGCGUCCAUCAGCCAAACCGCCGGCCACAGGCGAAGGGAGUCUCUCCUGCAGCAACCGAAUGGCGCAACCCCAAAUGAAGCGGUACUGCCCUUAGGAUCCCUCGACGAGGAGCCCGACACCUCCAACGACCCGCCGGAGCCCACCUUGUCCCGCAGAGCCAAGUCAUACUCCGACUUCUACCAUGUCGUGCGGGCCCAGCUGUCCAAGGACGCCAAGAAGAAGAGGCGGAGGAAGCGGAACGACAGAAGCAUUGAGGCAUUGGGAGUCGAAAAGCCAGAAGACGACAUGCCGGGGCCGAGCGAACCCUCAGGUGAACCUCUCGAGGCCCAAUUGCUCGAGGCAAGCCAGCAGGAAUACCUCUUGUACCAGGAUCAACUGGACAUGACCGAGCGGCACCUUGAUAUUCUGGUCAACGAAACCAACGGCGCUCUGAAGCUACUGGAGACCCUGGCCAGCUCUUUCCGUGCUGUCGAAACCCAGACGUCGUCCUUCCAGGCCCAAUGCGAUGACCUGCUAUCCGAGGAAAAGCGGCUGCAGAAGCUGGCGGACGAGGUCGGCACAGAUCUGCAUUACUAUGCCUACCUGGACGGCGUCACGCGGCGCCUCAAUGCUCCAGGAGCGAGUCGUCUGGUCGAUCAUGAGAACUUUGCGGAGAUCUUGACCAACACGGAUGCUUGUAACAAGUUCAUGGCCCAACAUUCUACCUACCGGGAUGCCGAAUCUUAUCUGGCUCGAUACCAAUCGUCCCUUACCAAGGCUCUCCAUCUCGUCGAAGCUGGUUUCACAAAUCACCUCGAGCGCAUUUCUUCCGAGAUAUCGAAGCAGAUUGCCUCUACCCAGUCUGAAGCUGCUCGCCAUGCCCUGGCCUACGGCCGCUUCGAGGAACUUGUCCUCGAGGCCGAUGGAUUGAUCGCAAACAUCCAGAGAGUCAUUUCCUGCUGCUACGACCCGCUGGGACAUCCCAUCCCCGGCCAGAAUUUUGAUUACUACUCCAACACCGUUGUCAACAUCUUUGCCUCGUACACCAACAUUAGAGAUCGCGAUCUCAAACCUGUCACCCAGCGAGACCUUGACACAUUCGCCAAGGAGACCAAGGAUGCCAGUGCCGAGACGGCAUCGCGUAAUUACGUCAAGCAAUGCUACGAGCGUUCCUACGACGAGGCAGCCCUGUUCACAAAGAUCUUCGCCAUAGAGCCCCAGUAUAGCGCCGACGCCAAUUCGGCAUUCGUUGCUCUCAAGACUCACCAAAAGUCCUUGGUAAACGCUGCCAACGUGGCUCCCAUUGCCACCACUCUUCAAUCUGCCUUACAGUCGGUCGAACUCCAGACCAUCUGCAAUCUUCUUGGCUGGGUUACCAACGAAUAUCUCCUAUUGGACUACGACGACGAGGUAUCGGGAUAUGCUCAGCAUUGCCAGGGUCUUACGGUAAGAUUGCUCAUGGAACACCUUUGGCCCUUUGCCGAUACGGCUUUCGAGAACGAAAUCACCAAGUCCAUAUCACGCCACGCCAUCGCCCCCGAAACAUUGAGAAUUGGCCCUGUGGUCAAUGGCGUCGCUUCUUCCAACGCGCAUCCCAUCGCAAAGAAAGCUCUUGAGCUGCUCGGCAUGUAUGAUCAGGCCAUGCCAAAGGAACGAAGUCAGCAAUCCAGUCCUGUGAUCUUUCGCAUAGUGCAUGAAACGAUCUUGGCCUUACAGCGCGCCGAAACCCGCAUGAAGUCUACGAGAUCGGCGAACCCAGAUCCCGAUCCUGAUCUUUUCAUGAUCAAGAAUUUGCUAAUAGUCAAAAACGAACUUGUUUCCUUGGAGAUUGGCGACGUUCGGUCCCAAGCCGCUGCCAUGCAGCAUUUCGGUCAGAUCUGGGACACUCUCAGCCCCCAAAACUGGAUGGGGCUCUUCCGCGGCAUACUGGGUGGUUCGCUGUCCCUUGGCCUCUGGUCCUCAUCACCUGCCGCGGCGAAUGCCCCGGCCACCAACGGCAAGCCGGCCGCCGGGAGCAACGACCAGAUCCAGGACGCCAGCGAGAAGCUGGACGAGCUGCUGCGCCAGAGCAUCUACGCCUUCACGCAGCGCUGGGGCGGUCUGAUCAACGCCGCCAGGAGCGGCAAGAAGGGCGCCAGGACCCUGGCGGCCGUCGAGAAGGAACUCGACGACAGGCUGGUGGCGGCCUUUGGCGGCCAGCCCGAGGUCAUGGGCAAGCUCAAGGAGGCCAUCCAGAUCAACGCGCAGGCGCAGAAGGAGGUCGGCGGCGGGGCGAAGGGCGGGCGGUAG